AGACUCCCCACAUUCUAACGGGCUCGAUUAAACUCUGUUUCUCUUUUGCCACUUCUCUGGGAAAUCCUCCUUUUCUUUUCCACUUGUGAACCAGAUCGAUACUUCUUCGAAGCGCAACACGUGCUUCCUUACCUGCCCGCCUUUUACAUAUUGUUUUUUUGAAUUGAUACAGUGACGCCUUUUUCUUCGGUACCGUUACCGCCCUCUUUUUUCUCUGGUUCUGCCGUUUCUUGUCUUGUACAAUCUCACUUACCCUAAUUCGCGAUGUCCUUCUCUGUUCACGCAAAGGCGUUCGUGCCGCCGUCGUCCGCUGCGUUUUCGCCCUCGCACCUGCGCGAGACCGCCGGCGCGGCGAGCGCGGGUGCCAAAAACUGCGUGUGCGUCGCCUUUUAUGAGAACGGCCGGUGCCCCUACGGAACCCACUGCGAGCACGCCCACCGCUUCUCGGAGCUGACGCAAUCGACGCAGACCAAGCUGCUCGGUAGCGUACCGGUGGAGUCGAUUCCCGCGCACUUCUUCGGCUACGCCAACACGCGGGAGGAGGCGCCGACGGACGCAGCGGUGACGACGUCGCUGAGUGCGUAUGGCCACUACAGUCCCACGAAGAGCACAGAGGUGGACCGCACGGUGCCGACGCGUCGUCGUACACCAGGCAAGAACCGCCUCUUGGUCGUGUCGCACAUUGGGCCGCAGACGCCUGCGUCAGACACGGCCUCUGUCUCCAGUCGCACCUCGAGCAGUGUGGAGAGUCAGCGCCUGAGCAUGAGCGGCGCGCAGGCGUCGAAGGGAUCCUCUUCCCCCACAGCCGCCGCCACGAUGACGACCACGAGCUUUGAUGCGGCCGCCUUCAAGAUGCACCUCCCUCUGCGCUGCCGCUACCCCCAUCGCGCUAUUCCUGGCACGUACUACGACGUCCUCGCCCUCCCGCGCGACGUCCCGUACGCGGACAUUAUUGCCAAGUACCGCGCAUGGCAGAAGGACGGCUUCAGGCGCAUGCGUCUGGUCGACCCUGUCGGUGCCGAGGCGGUGGACCGCAUGAUUGUGGAGGCCCGCAACGUGCUCGGCAACCCCGCCUUGCGUGCCGCCUACGACCAGCAGCUGCCGAGCGCGGAAGUGAGGCAGCAGCCGUGGCCGACCAACCUUAUCGGCGCCGUGGGCGGGGGUGGUUGCGGGGUAGGGACAAUGAGCACCAUCACGACUCCUAGCAAGCGUUGCACGCAGGGCCAGUCGUCAACGACCUCGUCGACCUCCGAGGCGCAGCACGGAGGGGAAAGCUCGAACCCUCGUCUGGGCUUCAGCGGCAGCAACUACAGCAUCUACCACGCUGACAUCGUCGCACCCGCCGUCACCAUUUCCAGCAUGCGCAGCGGCUUCAGUGUCUGA